AUGAUGAUCGGAAGUCGGUGCACGGCAUUUGUCACAACCAUUGCGUUGUUGUCGGCCGGCUUUGGGUAUUCCGACUACGCUAUGCCCGUCAUCAAAGACUGUGCGGCUAACGAAACGUGCUCGGUGCAACCAACGACAGUGACGACAACGGCGACGACAAAAAAUGUGCUCAACUCGACCGCUGUCGGAAGUGGUAAUCCGCAAAUUGUUCGUUAUGACGUCCCCGGAAACGAUUCUAAAGGGUCGACACUCAAGGACAUAAUCUUGGUUGAUAAUACAAACAUCAUACCACUAGGCGGAGACAAGACGAACGGUUCCAGAAACGCUACUUCUGGCACCUCAAAUAUCACUGGCAUUGCUAAAUCUUCCGCUGGAAAAGCUAAUGCCAAAGUAACUGAAACGAAUUUUACAGUAAAAAAUGCCACCAAUACAACCAGUAUUAAUAUCACCACCGCUGUAGUCACCACUACUACUACCGUCUCUACCACAACAGAAUUGACUAACAUCUCGCCUCCAAAAUACUUUUUAGAAUACGGUACCGAAGUCGUACACUUUAUUUCCAAUAAAUAUUGCCACUGUGACCUAAUCUACGCCAGCUGUGACAUAAACUGUUGUUGUGACACAGAUUGUACCAACCACGAUUUAAAGACGUUCACAUUAUGUCCCGAUCAACCCAAGUCUACUUUGAUAAAGCAAGAAUCAAUCUUGUUCGAUUCUUCGUUGUUUUACGUAGUGAUUGAAAACGUACCAUCAGAUUAUUUUUAUCCCGAACGAGAUACCAUUGAAUCGGAAACGCAAGUCUUAACUUCUCUUCGAAAACGGGAUGUGUUCACAUGGCAAGAUGGAAAGACUAUCAACAGACAUCAUCCUUUUACUUCUACACUUCGAGUGGAUUCCGCCGUAUUCAAUAACUACGACCUUACUUACAAGUCUUUACGAUGGAUGUAUAACAUCAUUUCUGAUGUAAAUAAUUCUGAAAUAAAACCAUUCGGAUUGAAAAACAGCGCUUUAGAUUCGAUGUGUAGCGUCGAACAACCCGUUGAAUACUUGAAGACAAAGAAAACAAACUGCAAGACGUUCGUAUCUAAUCUGACAGAAAUGUGUAACAAUUAUUCAUCAUUGAGCUUCAAGUUCUACUACGACGAAAAAGAUCUAUUCAAAGUAGUACAACCCAUUUACAAUAACGUUCACAAGACCGAGAAAAUCGGUUUAGUUACCAUCCAAGCGACGGUCUACCACCAUUGCUUCUCCGCGAACGGAUCGUCAUACGAUUGUCAAAUUGAGAAAAUUGGGGUCGGUACUAGUGGUGAAUACCCACUACAUCAUCAGGAUUACGAUCCCGUUUAUACGGGUGGUGUUUGUCAUAGGGCAGUUGAUGCGGUCGAGUACUUGGUGAUGCACAACGGAUCUAGAGGCGUCCGUCGUGUAGAUGUACACUUCUAUCACCGAGACGUAUUAGAUACCGGUCGUCCCAUCUACCUUGACCAGAAGUUCAGCGUUCGUUUCAACUGGGCCACGAUUCGACCAGCAGUGGAGUCGUAUGAGCGGAGUGGCAAGCCCGGUUAUGUGACCGGGAGCCCGAUUCUGAUAACUAUGGCCAGCAAAGGUGUAACUAAACUUCGAAUCCCAAAUACGAUGAACUUACCGAAACCGAACGGGCAUGGCGUGUGUGAUGUUCACACUAUCAAAUCUCGACAACCUCAACAGUCCGUCAACUUUCUGGAGAGCGUCGAUGUCCGAUGUCGCGUCCGAGUUCAACACCGGAAUAUGCAAUUAUCUAAGAGACCUGAAGAUCAUACUACACCCGGUGGCGGCGUAUCAUUCGUAGAUAUUUGUAAUGAUAUUCAAAACGAAACGAUGGCGGUGAUCGGGAAUUACGAAGGCGCCCUGGUGUCCAGCCUCGGCGACCCGGACGUGUCCAGGUGGAUACCGUUCGUCGUCGUCAAACCGCCCGCGGCGGCACAACAGUCGCCGCCGUCCGAACAUCGUCACUCGUGCCCGGCCAUAGCGGACGGCGUGCACAUACGGGUGUUGUACUCGCAAGUGGGCCCGUUCGACGGCCCGCAGGCCACCGUGCUGGGCGUGCUGGCCAAUUACACCGCGUCGGCCGUCACCGUCGGCGAUCAUCUGCAGCAGCAGCAGCAGCCAUCGGCGGCGGUCACCGAAGUGCCGGUCCGGGUCACCGUCGUGUUCGUGGACCUGACCCGGCCGCCCGUCCGGACGUUCGCCGAACCACCCACUUACGAGUUCCGACUGCCCGAAGACUUUUACUAUCCGUUUUGGUCGUCCGGCGGCGGUCGUUCCGUCCACAAAGUUCAUUUUGUUUUCGUCGUCGUCGGUCUGUUAUUGUUACACUGCUGUUACGGGUCGUGUUCGACGCGCGUACCCGUUUAGUGUGCCGUACGAGAGGCUCAUCGCGUGUACGCUCUUCCGUCGAUAAAUCACGAUGAGAGGCUAAAUUUGUCGAUUUGACGUUUUUUUCUUCCCCCACACCGACAAAUAUGUGUACCUGUUAUCUGUGCGGUGUAAAGGUGUAAUGUUUGCAGCAUAUUUUUUUAUGACUCGACAGUAAAAUUUAAACCUUACCUUGCAGUAAAUUGGUAUAAUUAUAACAAAAAAAUACAACUAUACAGCUGAUUACCUACUCAUACUUGGUCGCACUUAUUCUAUGGUCACUAUAUAGUCGACAGUCCGUGAAGGAAAAUACCGAUACAUCGCGUAUAUAACAUAAGAACAGUCCUGAUGUGCGAAAACACAAAUUUACGCCAUAAAAUCGUUAGUUUAUAAUUUAAGUUUCUAAGAAUUUGUAAGUUAUUUUUAUAAUGUAUUGUAAUUUAUGAUAAUUGAUUACUAUUACCCGCAUAAAGGUAUAGUGAAUAUCAGUGGCGUAGUUAUGGGGGGCCGGGGGGAUAUGGAGAUAGAUCCCCCCCCCAGUCUUUUUUUUUAAUGUUUAAUGCAUUGACUUAUUGAGCCACCCACUUUAUGUCUAACCAAUAAAUUAUACAUCCUCCCUCAGAACAAAAUCAUAACUAUGCUACUGGUGAAUAUUUUAAAUGCACCUUUAUCUUUUAAAUUGAUGUUUCAGUUUUCGUUAUUUAGGUAGAUAAAUAAAAUAUAUUUACAAAUGA